UACCACCACCUCCUCCUCCUCCUCCCUUCUCCAACUCGUAGAUCGCUCCCUCCCUAACCCCACCUCCAAGGUCCAACGCAUCGGCCUCUCCCCCUAAUGGAAGUCGAAGUGAAGAUCCACCUACAAGAUGCCGCUGCCCACCGUCAACUAACCACCAUCCUCUCUCCUUUCCUCUCCAAAACCCUCCACCAACAAAAUCUCUUCUUCGACACACCAACAAGUACCCUUUCGUCGCAGCUUUCCGUUCUUCGUCUCCGCUUCCUCAACAACGAUGCCCGCUGCAUCAUUUCCCUCAAAUCUAAACCCACUCUGGUAGAUGGUGUCAGCCGUGUGGAGGAAGACGAGGAGGAACUAGACCCAUGCAACGCACGCGCUUGCGUGGAGGACCCGGCGAGGUUGGGGAAGAUUGGGUCGAGGAUUUUGAACAGAGUGAAAGAGGAAUUUGGGGUUGGGGAAGAAAUGGGGUUUGUUUGUUUAGGUGGGUUUGAAAAUAAAAGAGAAGUUUUUGAUUGGAAAAAUUUGAAGCUUGAAGUAGAUGAGACUAAGUAUGAAUUUGGUAUUUGUUACGAGGUCGAAUGUGAGAAUGGGGAUCCCGAUGGAGUUAAGAAAUUGCUUGAAGAGUUCUUGAAGGAAAAUGGGAUUGGCUAUUCUUACUCUAAGAUGACAAAGUUUGCUGUUUUUAGGUCUGGGAAGCUGCCUUAGCAAUGUGAGUUUGAGGUCGUCAUGCACUAUGAUUAUGAUGUCAAUCCAUGUAACGAGACCAUGCAAACAAUGGUAGAGAAGCAAGGUUUAUCAUCUUCCUUUUGAAGAGAGCUAAUAGCUUUUACCCUCUCAAUGCACAAUUCUGAGACCUUGUGUCAUUAGCAAUGAACAUAAUUAUUAUUGCAAUUUAGUACUCUUUGACAGACAGUUUGAAUAACUAAUUUAACUAGUCUGGUCUCUGCCUCUGUGGGUAUUCUAGAUGAAUUUCUGUUGAUUGUGUUUACAAUUUUGUCUAUGAUGUGGUUUUUUUCUAUUAUCCUGCCAAUUCAACCAUCACCAGCCCCAGAUUUGUCUCCAACAUUCCUCGGUCCCAAGCCCAAACUCCGAACACGCUGGAGCGGUGGUUUUAAUGCAAUUCAGAAUUUCACAAUCACCUAUGGAUGGAAGAUGCCAAUAAAAAAAUGAUCUAUAGUUGUUCGGUUUGCG